AGAUCUCACGCAGGUUCCGCGCAGCCCGGACGACAAGCAGCGUGACACCAGUGCGGCCGAACUUCCGGGAAACAGCACCGCAGCGGACGGAAAAAUGGCGACGCUGUCUGUAUGCCAGAUCCCAAGCAGCGGUUUCAGUUUCGACUACUGCAAGCGAAAUGCCCUUUUAGAAGCGGAAAUAACAAAGUUGGGAUUCAAUGCCCCAGCAGCCCGAAAAACAGGCACCACCAUCUGCGGGCUGGUUUUUAAGGAUGGAGUCAUUCUUGGGGCAGACACCCGUGCCACGGAGGGGAUGGUUGUGGCUGAUAAGAACUGUUCCAAGAUACACUACAUCUCCCCGAACAUCUACUGCUGUGGUGCUGGUACGGCAGCCGACACGGAGAUGACCACCCAAAUCAUCUCGUCCAACCUGGAGCUACACUCCCUGUCCACUGGACGGCUGCCCCGAGUGGCCACAGCCAACCGCAUGCUCAAGCAGAUGCUCUUCAGGUACCAGGGGUACAUCGGCGCUGCCCUGGUCUUGGGGGGGGUGGACUGUAUGGGACCUCAUCUGUACAGUAUCUACCCUCACGGGUCCACAGACAAGCUACCUUAUGUGACCAUGGGCUCUGGGUCCCUGGCUGCCAUGGCGGUGUUUGAAGAUCGCUACAAGCCGGAUAUGGAGGAAGAGGUAGCAAAGCAGCUGGUUCGGGACGCCAUUGCGGCUGGCAUCUUUAAUGACUUGGGCUCAGGCAGCAACAUCGACCUGUGCGUCAUCACCAAGUCCAAGGUGGACUACCUGCGGCCCCACGACGAGGCCAACAAGAAGGGAGUCAGGGCUGGAAGUUACCGCUACAAACACGGCACGACUGGCGUUCUCACCAAGACCGUGGUGCCCCUGGACCUGGAGGUGUUGGAGGAGACGGUACAGACCAUGGAUACGUCCUGAGAGCACCCCCCCCCGCCCCGCCCCAUCUCCCUACCCUCCACUGCGCAGGCAGCCUGCUUGUCUCCCUGGUUUACAAUAAAAUGUAUGUAACGGUC